ACCGGUCACCAACAAGGAAGGGAAGGCUGGGACGCAGGGCCAGGGAGGGGGAUAAAAGCCCAGAGCCCGGCACCUCACACACACCUCACUCACACUCACACUCACACUCACACACUCACUCCCAGCCCAACCCCGCCAUGGCCGCCUCCACCAUGUCCGUCUGCUCUGAGCCCUGGCAGGUGGACGACUGCGCAGAGAGCUGCUGCGAGCCCCCCUGCUGCGCCCCCAGCUGCUGCCAGCCCAGCUGCUGCGCCCCGGCCCCCUGCCUGAGCCUCAUCUGCACCCCAGUGAGCUGUGAGUCCAGCCCGAGCUGCCAGCCGGCUUGCUGCUCCUCCUCCUGCCAGCCGUCCUGCUGUGAGUCUGUCUGCUGCAAGCCCGUCUGCUGCACACCCGUCUGCUGCAAACCUGUCUGCUGCAAGCCCGUCUGCUGCAAGCCUGUCUGCUGCACACCUGUCUGUUGUACCCCCGUCUGCUCCCAGGCCUCUUCCUCCUGCUGCCAGCAGUCUGACUGCCAGCCGGUUUGCUGCUCCUCCUCCUGCCAGCCGUCCUGCUGUGAGUCUGUCUCCUGCAAGCCUGUGUGCUGCACACCUGUCUGCUGCAAGCCUGUCUGCUGCAUCCCCGUCUGCUCUGGGGUCUCCUCCUCCUCCUGCUGCCAGCAGUCUGACUGCCAGCCAGCUUGCUGCUCCUGCUCCCCCUGCCAGCCGUCCUGCUGCAAGCCCGUCUGCUGCACACCCUCCUCCUCCUCUGUGUCCCUGCUCUGCCGUCCCGUGUGCGGACUUUCCUGCUGAGUGCCUGCCUCCUUCUGCUCCUCUUUCUGCCAGCCCACUUGCUGCUGCCUGGCCUCCCGUGUUUCCCUGCUCUGCUGCCCCCUGCCCCCGCCCCGCCUGGCCUGCAGCAGCUUCUCCCUAAGCCAGAAACUCAGCCGCGGGGAAAAACAACACCAACCUAAGCGCCAGCGGAACCGCAUGCUGAGGACGAAACGGGGGCUCUUCAGGAGGCUGGCGGUGAACCCAGGAGAGCCCCGUCCUCCGCAGAUCGGACCAUGCCCCGGACGGAAAACUCAAGCGGUCAAGAGAGCGCUGACCUCCAGUAUGGCGGACACCUGCUAUACCAGGACUUGUGUCAUCGCUGCCUCCACCCUCUCCGUCUGCUCCAGUGACCGGGGGGCAGGCAGCCGGGUCUGCAUACCCAGCACUUGCACUGACUCAUGGCCAGUGGACAAUGGCCAAGAGAGCUGCUGUGAGCCCUCCUGCUGCGAGCCCCUCUGCUGCGCCCCCAGCUGCUGCCAGCCCAGCCGCUGCGCCCCGGCCCCCUGCCUGAGCCUCAUCUGCCAGCCCAGCUGCUGCGCCCCGGCCCCCUGCCUGAGCCUCAUCUGCACCCCAGUGAGCUGUGAGUCCAGCCUGAGCUGCCAGCCGGCUUGCUGCUCCUCCUCCUGCCAGCCGUCCUGCUGUGAGUCCGUCUGCUGCAAGCCUGUGUGCUGCACACCUGUCUGCUGCAUCCCAGUCUGCUCCGGCACCUCCUCCUCCUCCUGCUGCCAGCAGUCUGACUGCCAGCUGGCUUGCUGCUCCUGCUCCCCAUGCCAGCCGACAUGCUGUGUGCCCGUCUGCUGCAAGCCGGUCUGCUGCACACCCUCCUCCUCCUCCAUGUCCCUGCUCUGUUGCCCCAUCUGCAGACCCACCUGCUGUGUGCCAGCCCCCUCCUGCUGCUCCUCCUCUUGCUAG